GCAGCGCAGCGUGCACGAGGCCCCCGCUCCCUCGCCACGCCCACUUCCUGCCCCAUCCCGGGCCUUUCCAGGUCCCCUCUCCCGGUGAACCGGAUGCUCUGUCAGUUUCCUCCUCCGCUUCCUCAGCGGCCUCCGCUUCUCUGGCGAAGCCGGGGGUACCGACGAGGGCACAGGCAGGAGCUCCUGGCGGUUAGCCUGGCAGGAGUAGGAGGCCGGUAGGAGCUGGGCGCGCACGGUUACCGAGCGUGGAGGAGACACUGCCCUGCGGCGAUGGGUGCCAGGGCCGCUCCUUCACGCCGGAGGCUGGCAGGGCGGAGGCUGCGAUACCUGCCCACCGGGAGCUUUCCCUUUCUCCUCCUCCUCCUCCUCCUCUGCAUCCAGCUCGGGGGAGGACAGAAGAAAAAAGAGAAUCUUUUAGCUGAAAAAGUAGAGCAACUGAUGGAAUGGAGUUCCAGGCGCUCAAUCUUCCGAAUGAAUGGCGAUAAAUUCCGAAAAUUUAUAAAAGCACCACCUAGAAACUAUUCUAUGAUUGUUAUGUUCACUGCUCUUCAGCCUCAGCGGCAAUGUUCUGUGUGCAGGCAGGCCAAUGAAGAAUAUCAAAUACUGGCCAACUCCUGGCGCUAUUCAUCUGCCUUUUGCAACAAACUCUUCUUCAGUAUGGUGGACUAUGAUGAGGGAACAGAUGUUUUUCAACAGCUCAACAUGAAUUCUGCUCCUACAUUCAUGCAUUUUCCUCCAAAAGGCAGACCCAAAAGAGCUGAUACUUUUGACCUUCAAAGAAUUGGAUUUGCAGCUGAACAACUAGCAAAGUGGAUUGCUGACAGAACGGAUGUUCAUAUUCGAGUCUUCAGGCCACCGAACUAUUCUGGCACCAUUGCUUUGGCCCUGUUAGUGUCACUUGUUGGCGGUUUGCUCUAUUUAAGAAGGAACAACUUGGAAUUCAUCUAUAACAAGACUGGUUGGGCCAUGGUAUCUCUGUGUAUAGUCUUUGCUAUGACUUCUGGCCAGAUGUGGAAUCAUAUCCGUGGACCUCCAUAUGCUCAUAAGAACCCACACAAUGGACAAGUGAGCUACAUUCACGGAAGCAGCCAAGCUCAAUUCGUGGCAGAGUCACACAUUAUUCUGGUACUAAAUGCUGCUAUCACCAUGGGGAUGGUUCUUCUAAAUGAAGCAGCAACAUCCAAGGGAGAUGUUGGAAAAAGACGGAUAAUUUGCCUAGUGGGAUUAGGCCUGGUGGUCUUCUUCUUCAGUUUUCUACUUUCAAUAUUUCGUUCCAAAUACCACGGCUAUCCUUAUAGUGAUCUGGACUUUGAGUGAGAAGAUGUGAUUUGGACCAUGGCACUUUAAAACUAUAACCUCAGCUUUUUAAUUAAAUGAAGCCAAGUGGGAUUUGCAUAAAGUGAAUAUUUACCGUGAAGAUAAAGUGUUCCUGAGAUAUAGUUUGAAUUCUUGAGUUCAUUUCCACGCUGAUUGUGAUAAUUCUAGCUUAUUCUUGUAUAAUUUUUGAAAUGUGUUUUCCUAGUGAAUUUAAUUUAUAGAAGUGGAUGAUUAAAUUUCAUAUUAGCACUGGAAACAACAAAGUAAAUACUGAAGUGUUUUCAAGCAUAUUAUAUUUAGUAUAUGCUAUAGGACUGAAAUAAAUGACAAUGUAAUUAUGAAUUCAUGUGUUAGAACUGUUCACUCAUUAGUAAAUAAAACCACAAUGUUAGUAAGGGAAAACUAUGAAAUAUAUGUUAAAGAAUCCUUAAGGUUGUACAGAGAUAAGGUAUAUGCAUGAAAAUAUGUCACAUACUGAAAAAUUAUACUCAUUGUCAUUUCAGUAUAAAGGAUGUGUGUAUGGUUACAAA